CUAACAUGUUGCAGGGUAAAUAUUGAAUUUCGCUAACGUAAGCUUAACAGCCGGCUUAAUUAUUCGCUUUAUCUACACUCUUCAUUAUUUCAAACACAAUGGAAUCAACUUCAGCAGCUCCUAAACAACGCAAUAAUAAAAGGAAUAAUAAAUCUAAGGAUGAACCGGCUAAAAAACCAAAAUCUUACGAGUACGAUUCCCGAAACCUAGGUCGUCCGGUAUUUGGAGUAAUUGUUCAGUGGGACGCUAAAAAGACCUACACAAAACGCGCAUUAAAUGAGAUGUUAAAAUCUAAACUUUCUGCCGGACAAUUCGUUGUUCCUGUUCCGGUGAAACAACAUGAAAAAUCGUCGCUAAAAAGAAAACAAAUGCCUUAUUUUCGACGCACUGGUCCCAACAAAGGCAUGAUAAUGUUCAAAACAAUGGAAGAAGCAAACGAAUUUGCCAAAAGGGAAGAUCCGGAUUAUUAUUCGUUUAUACCGCUCAGUUUUGUUGUUGUUGUUGGUGUGGCCGUUAUGCCUGCUUCGCUUUUUAAUUUACCGAGUUUCAAAUCCCCCAAUAAUCCAUAUGAGAUACUGCAAUGGCGCAAGCAGAAGCUUGCUGACAAAAAAAUACGUGUUACAGUGGCUAUACGGGGUACCGUUCUACCUCCUAAGUUAACCAUUCGAGAGACUGAAGUACCGCUGGAGCCAUAUAAGCGCCAACCUGUUCACUGUAGUCGCUGUUUACGGUACGGCCACCGCAAAAAUGACUGUUUGCAAAAACCACGCUGUGGCAUGUGCAUUGAGACUAAGCCUGCGCUCAAGCACUUUGAAAAUAAAUGCCUGAUGCGGAAGCGUAAGACAUUUAAAUGCUACUAUUGUCGGGAGAAUCAUGCUACCGGAGCUCCGAAAUGCUCUGAACAUGAACAACAAUGCAAGUACAAAACACAGCUGACUGAAAAUGAUAUGGACUAUGUUACCCUUUUGGAGAAUGAAAUAAUACCUGCCAUUCAAAGCACAUCUAUCAAUUCGAGUCGGGUUUGGCUUGACUCUCUCUAAACAUCGUUUGGAAUAGCAUUGAACUGGCUUAUGUAGAUGGAAUCGUAAAUAAUCAGUUCAAUGGUUUUCUUUUUGAUUUUUGAACACAAGUAAUGCUACAACAGAGUAGUUUGUUCGCUUAUAUGGAUAUAUAUUUGACUUAAGUACAUUGUUAAUUUCUAUAAGUUUUAAUCAAUUAAAAGAUCGCCAUCUUCGAGGCAAGUAAUCAUUCUUAACCGUAAAUUAGUUUAUCAUUCAUUCC